CUCAUGUCUGUAGCAACCUUCCUUUCGGCAAUAUAUUAUAUAAUAAGAGUAACACAAUUACUGCUACGGCACAAAGACUAGCCAUCAUUAUCUUCAUCAAUUUCCAGCCAUGCUUUCUUACAGACUGUUAGUAUAUAAAGGCAUCUAGCCAUGCCCAUUUCACUCAGGGCCUGCAACACAAGCAUACAAACUAUAAUGGAGUUCUCUGAGUUUUUCCUCACCCUUUUCAUUCUUCAAGCCAUCUUCUUGCAUCCGUCAAUUCAUGCGGCUCCAAAAAACUCAAACCUCUUUCGAGAGUACAUUGGAGCAGAAUUUAACAAUGUAAGAUUUACUGAUGUCCCCAUUAACCCAAAUGUUGAAUUCCACUUCAUUCUUUCCUUUGGCAUAGACUAUACCACCUCGUCUUCACCCUCUCCCACCAAUGGAAAAUUCAAUAUCUUCUGGGAUUCUGAUAAUCUCGGCCCUUCCCAAGUUUCUUCCAUCAAGAGUGACCAUUCAAAUGUCAAGGUAGCUUUGAGCCUAGGAGGGGACAGUGUAGGCAAUGGUUAUGCUUACUUCAACCCUUCCUCAGUUGAUUCCUGGGUUUCUAAUGCUGUUUCUUCACUCACAGAUAUUAUCCAGAAGUAUAAUUUGGAUGGAAUUGAUAUCGAUUAUGAGCACUUUAGUGCUGAUCCUGAUACCUUUGCUGAGUGCAUUGGACAGCUUAUUAAAACCCUCAAGGGGAAUGGAGUCAUUUCUUUUGCUUCCAUAGCUCCAUUUGAUGAUGAUCAAGUUCAAAGCCAUUACUUGGCUCUCUGGAAGAGUUAUGGGCAGCUCAUCGAUUAUGUGAACUUCCAGUUUUAUGCAUAUGACCAAGGAACCACUGUCUCUCAGUUUAUUAAAUACUUUGAGGAACAGUCCUCUAAUUAUGCAGGAGCUAAGGUCUUGGCCAGCUUCAUCAGUGAUGGGAGUGGGGGGUUAUCUCCAGAUGAUGGCUUCUUCACUGCCUGCAAUCGCCUCAAAAGCCAGCAACAGCUUCAUGGCAUCUUUAUCUGGUCUGCAGAUGACUCCAAGGCAAAAGGUUUCCGCUAUGAGAAGCAAUCACAAGCACUAUUAGCAAUUCCCCACUAGGAUAUUACCUUAAAAUGUUUGGUGUUGCAAGUUUAAUAUAAUAUAAUCGAAAUCCUGUGUUCCUUUUCCAUACUAUAUUCUCUCUUAUCAGUGAAUACAUUAUAGUAUUAUUUCUGCUUAU